AUGUACUUCUUUCUCUCCAACCUGUCUUCAGCUGACAUCAAUUUCUUCUCCACCACUGUUCCCAAGAUGAUUGUGGACAUCAAAACUCACAGCAGAGUCAUCUCCUAUGAAGGCUGCCUGACACAGAUGUCUGUUUUUAUCCUUUUUGGGUGUAUGGAUAGUAUGCUUCUGCCUGUGAUGGCUUAUGACAGGUUUGUGGCCAUCUGUCACCCACUGCACUAUACAAUCAUCAUGAGCCCACGUACCUGUUGCAUCUUCAUUUUGGUGUCAUUUUUUGUUAGCCUUUUGGAUUCCCAGAUGUAUAAUGUGACUGUGUUACAACUUACCUGCUUCAAGGAUAUAGAAAUUUCUAGUUUCUUCUGUGACCCUUCUCAGCUGCUCAAUCUUGGCUGUUCUGAUACUUUCAUGAAUAAUGUAGUCAGCUGUAUUAUCAUUGCCAUCUCUGGUUUUCCCCCUACCUGA